AUGGCCACCGUCACCAUCCUGUACGAGUCCGGACCCAAGUUCGACGUCCAGUACUACAUCACCAAGCACUUUGCCCUUGUUGAGGAGAAAUGGGGUCCCUUGGGCUUGUUGAGCUGGGAAGUUGUCGAGUUCGAGGAGGGCUCGCCCUAUCAGAUACAGGCCACUACCAAGUGGAAGUCCAUUGAGGCCUUCGAGGCCGCGGCUGGUAACCAGGAGGUGAUGGCGGCGGUGAUUGGCGACGUCCCUAACUAUACGACGGCGAAGCCUACCUUCCUGAAGGGCAAGACCGUGGGGUCCAAGUUGUAA